UCGAGGGCUCAGCAUCGUUUACUGGCCGUCUUUUGCAGGUUGUGACAUUAGCCCUGCGCGUCCUCGGGAAAGACCUGGAGCAGAAGGAAGUCGCCACCCGGGUUUCUUCCCCAGGCCCCUAUGAAGCGCCAGGUUUUAAGGCUGUGCGUCUGCAAUGAAGAAAAGGAGACGGCUCGCGGCAAGUCUAAGUGAGAAGGUUCAUCUUGGCCAUGAGAAGGACCCUGCGAACCAGAUUUUGGUGGUAGGCUGUGAGCAGGGAAUUGUGUCUGCGCCUGCAGAAGCGGCCCCGGCCGCUCACCUGGAGUCAUCCCCAGAGCUCUCGCCAUCCUCAGAACAAAGGAAGCUCCUCAGCUCGCUGCAGUACAACAAAAAUCUCCUGAAGUACYUAAAUGACGAUAGGCAGAAGCAUCCGUCGUUUUGCGAUUUGCUCAUAAUUGUAGAAGGCAAAGAAUUCAGCGCUCACAAAGUUGUAGUGGCUGUUGGGAGUAGUUAUUUUCAUGCCUGUUUGAGCAAAAAUCCAAGCACUGAUGUAGUCACAUUGGAUCAUGUAACUCAUUCUGUCUUUCAGCAUUUGCUUGAGUUUCUGUACACCUCUGAGUUUUUUGUAUAUAAAAAUGAAAUUCCAUUAGUGCUGGAAGCAGCAAAAUUUUUAGAUAUCAUCGAUGCUGUCAAGCUACUAAAUAACGAGGAUGUUUCURACAUACAGUCUGAAGUGGUAACAGAUGCCCCGACGCCAGUAGAAACACUCAGUGAGUUGACAGGUAAACUGUUAAAUAGUCACCAGUGCAGUUUUUGUGGACGAAGCUUCUGUUACAAGAAGUCCUUGGAAAAUCACUUGACUCGGGCACACAGAUCUCUUUCACUGGAAAGAAAACAUGGGUUAAAAAUGGUUGAGAAGGCUGAUUUUUCCACUAGGCGAUCUACAAGAAACCGAAAAUGUCCAGCUAAGUUCGAUAACAGUGACAAUGAAAGUGGUGACUUAUCUGACAGCAAUUUGGAAAAAGUCAGCUCUGACAAGGAUACUUCAGAUAGAAGCGACUCUGAAGACAGUGAAAGUGAGUGCAAUGCUUAUGAAGAAGGACAGGAAGAGGAGGCAUCAGGUGAAGAAGAUUCAGAGACUGAAGAGCAAAGUGAGAAAGAGCAGAAUGAUACUGAAGAAGGUUCCGAGGCGGUUGAUUCGGUGGGAAAUAUUCCUGAAGGCUUAGCUCCAGUAAUUAUUCAGACCAGUAGCAAAAAGCUACUGCAGUGUCCCAAGUGUGACAAAAAAUUUGAUCGAAUAGGCAAGUAUGAGAGCCACACACGUGUACACACGGGUGAGAAGCCUUUUGAGUGUGAUAUAUGCCAUCAGCGCUAUUCAACCAAGUCCAACUUGACAGUGCACAGAAAGAAACACUCCAGUGAUACUGACUUUCAUAAAAAGGAGCACAAAUGUCCCUACUGCAAUAAGCUGCAUGCCAGUAAGAAGACUUUAGCAAAACACGUGAAGAGGUUUCAUCCAGAGAAUGUACAAGAAUUUCUUUCUAUCAAGAAGACAAAGAGUGAAGGUUGGAAAUGUGAUAUUUGUAAGAAAUCUUUCACUCGAAGACCCCAUUUAGAAGAACAUAUGAUUCUUCAUUCUCAGGAUAAACCCUUCAAGUGUACCUACUGUGAAGAGCACUUUAAAUCACGAUUUGCAAGAUUGAAACAUCAAGAAAAAUUCCAUCUCGGGCCUUUUCCCUGUGAUAUAUGUGGCCGUCAGUUUAAUGACACAGGAAAUCUGAAACGCCACAUUGAAUGUACUCACGGAGGAAAGAGGAAAUGGACGUGUUUCAUCUGCGGCAAAUCCGUUAGGGAACGCACAACUUUGAAAGAACACUUGAGAAUUCAUAGCGGAGAGAAGCCUCAUCUUUGCAGUAUUUGCGGGCAGAGUUUUCGUCAUGGCAGCUCUUACAGGCUUCAUCUAAGAGUGCACCACGAUGACAAGAGAUACGAAUGUGAAGAAUGUGGGAAAACUUUUAUUCGACACGACCACCUGACAAAACACAAAAAAAUACACUCAGGUGAAAAAGCACAUCAGUGUGAGGAAUGUGGAAAGUGUUUUGGUCGUAGAGAUCACCUCACUGUUCAUUAUAAAAGUGUUCAUCUAGGAGAAAAAGUUUGGCAGAAAUACAAAGCAACAUUUCAUCAAUGUGAAGUCUGUAAGAAAGUUUUUAAAGGGAAAUCAAGUUUGGAAAUGCAUUUUAGGACACAUUCAGGUGAAAAACCAUACAAAUGUCAAAUCUGUAACCAGUCUUUCAGAAUUAAGAAGACAUUAACAAAGCACAUGGUUAUUCAUUCAGACGCACGACCUUUUAAUUGCCAGCAUUGCAAUGCAACAUUCAAACGAAAAGACAAGCUCAAGUAUCAUAUUGAUCACGUGCAUGGAACGAAGGCCGCCGAAGAGGCGCUGACAUCUUCUUCAGAGGAAAAGUUAGUCUCCCUACCAGUGCAGUACCCGUCUGAUGACAAGGUUUACCAAACGGAGGAUAAACAGUAUGUGGAACAGUCAAAAGCAUAUCAGACAGAAGCGAAAGGUUUGCUGCAGAAUGUACCUCCCGAAGUGUGCGUGCCCGUGACUUUGGUGCCCGUUCAGAUGUCUGAGCCGCAAGCGGCUCUGGUGCAGCACGCUGCUCAGCCCCACGCCAUGCUCCCUGCCCAGCCCGAGCAGGCAGACUAUCAGCGAGCCCCAGAUUUAUCCUUUCUAGAGAAAUACACCCUCACUCCACAGCCUGCAAAUAUUGUUCAUCCUGUAAGGCCUGAGCAGAUGUUGGAUCCCAGAGACCAGUCAUACCUUGGAACUUUACUGGGGCUAGAUGCAGCUCCUACUGUGCAAAAUAUUUCAAACAAUGAACAUUCAUGAUCCGACCAUAACAUUCCGCCUAACUUUGUAAGCCRUUAGCCAACAGGAGGCUGGUAUGGCAAUCAAGAUUUAUAUUUUAUUUGGACUCAUGAGUCUUCUGCAUAGUUUUGGAAAAACAGGUUUGUUUACAUAAUAUUUGACCAUAUAGGCACACUUUUAUGCAUAUCAAGAGAGUGUUUGUGUGAUUUUAAGAGUUUUUAAAAAGCUUACAGGUGGUCUUUAAAAAAAAAAAAAAGCUCUGAAAUACCUUUUAAGGUUAGUUUGCCGAAAAAUCUAAUUACAUAUCUGACUAUUAAUUUAAAAUAGUUUGCCUUUCUGCAUCUCACCAAGUUAAUGCUUUGAGUGUAACAGAAAGCAUACUGGAAGAAUAAGGGCUAGGUCCAGUUCAUUAAAAGUUUCAGUGGGGAGAGGGGGCAGAAAUAUUUAAAAAAUCAAUUUGUGUUUUACAUAUAAAUUAAAAUAUAGUUGUAAUUGAACCCUCAAACAUCAUUAGGGGGUGUAAAUUCUGACUGACAAUUAAGGCUAGCCACUGGACACCAGAACUAGACUCUUCUAGAAAGUGAUUCGGAUAUUCUCUGAAGUCCCCAAGCAGACUUUACAGCAGAGUGUUGUAAAGAUUGCCCAAAGUAAGAAAAUCAAGUAUAGAGAGAUUAGGCUGAAUCAGGUCUCUUAUUUAUUCCUCAGUCUCCAGUGUUAGAUACUGAAUUAUGUGUGAGAAUUUAGACAUCAGUAUUGCYUGAUUUUCUAAAGAUAUAUAAAUUUUUGUCUUUUUUUUCCUUGCUUCUUUAUUCUUCCUUCUAAAGUGUGCCCAACACUAUAACUUUGAGAGAAAUUAUAGUAUUUGCAAGGUCAUUUUAAGCUGUGAACAGUAAUAAAGGAUUAGCAUGGCUUAUCCUUGUCAGAGCAUAAAUUUUGCUCUAAUCCCUCACUGGCAUACUCAUUUUCAAGAUUUGCCAUGAAGAAAUUUAAAGGCUAUUACUUCCAGCACAGCGCUCUGCU